AUGAAUUUUGACUUUUCAGAUCCUAAUUGGCUAGAGACUUACCAAAAGGAAGCUAUAUACCGUGCUCUACAAGAAUACAAACGUGAAGCAGAACGUGUACUUCAAUGGAACAAACAGCUUGAGAGCAAGCAAGAAAACUAUGAUAAGCAUUUAAGCCUUGUCAAUAGAUAUUGGGAGCAAUUAUUAAUUGAUUUGAAGAUGCUUAUUGAUAGAGUGGAUGAUAAUGGCAGUUUAUCUAACUUGGCUCCUCCGAUUGCGCAACUUCGUGAUUCGGAUUUUCUUAAAAGACUUAUUCAAAUUGAUAAUGAAGAUCAAUCUAUUGAACGAAUUGAGCGUGCAAUUGCUGAAAAAUGUACUUCUACAAAAGAAAUUGUAAAACAACUUUUGGAAAAAAUAAUUUUAUGGAUUGAAAAAAGAAGUAAUCUCAUUAAAGAUUUACAAGAUGAACCUGGUGAUCCUACGUCAAGAGAAAACAUAUUAGUCCGUUCACUACGAUCAGAAAAUCAGGAAUUAAACCAACUUUAUACACAUGUUAAUAAAGAAAUUGAUGUACUCCAAGAAAAAUUUCACUCUAUGACGUUUGAGGUAAUAAUAGCGCUUGGAGAAAAAAUAGAGAAAUUAGAGUCAACUGAGGAACAAUUAAAACAAGCUGAGAAACGUAUGGAUAGGUCAAAAAGUGUUACUCUUGGAUAUUGGUCAGGCGUUAAAACUCAAACUUCACAAGGAUCACAAUCUAACGAUAAUAAUAUAAAAGUUAUUCCAGAUUCUCGAGUGACAGAAUCAUCACUAUAUAAAAACCUACAACUUCAAUAUCUUCAUUGCAAAGAAAAUUUGGAUUAUUUGCGUACAUUUAUGGAACAAAAUAGUCGCGAAAUGGAGAAAAUGAUAGCCACUAGGAAUUCGGCAACAAAUCAGAUUCAAGAAGAAAAUAAGCUUGCUAAAAAGGAUGUAGAAGAACAGUUAAAUAAACUUCUCACAGAUUUGGACAGAAUUCGUGCACAAAGAGAUGAUGUAACAAUGGAGGUGGACAAGUUAAGAGCAAUGCUACCUACUGAUUUCCAUCAAAUAAAUGCUUUAAGGGUGAUUGCAAAUGAUCGCAAAACUAUAAUUAAACAAUUGAUGGAUGAAGUCAGAAGAUUACACAUGAAAUUAGCAGCACAAGAGGGUAACAAAAAAGCCGUAGAUUUUUAUUGUAAUCCUGUUCAACCUCCAGAAUUUUCUUACGAUGAAAUAGCAUCAGGUGCCAACACAUUUGAAUUAAUUCAACAAAAAUUAUCGUAUGAUUAUCAUUUACAAGAAAGAUUAAAACAAUCAGAAGAAAUUAGAGCUAAAUUGGAACAACAAUUAGAAGAUUAUAUGAACAAUGUGCCUCCAGAUAUGCAAGAAUAUCAGAGAAUGAAAAUUUCUGAACUUGGAUAUAAAAGAGAAGUUGAUGAGUUAAAAUCACGAUUAGCAGAGUAUGAUAAAAGGUACGGUAUAAGUGAUCCAAGCGAUGAUACAAUACAUGUUCUAGCAAAAAAAAUAGAUGAGUCAGCGAAAAAAAUUUCAAAGCUAGAAUCUGAAUGCGAUUAUCUUAAAAAAAAUGAGAAAGAAUUAUUGCAAGAACUUCAAGUUUUAGGUGAUCAUUGGACACGUCAAGAUGAAGAAAAUACACGAAAAGUAUUUGAAAUUAUUGCACAAGAUGAAAGGUUACAAAUUGCAAGGGAAUCUGAAUCAAAAGCCAGACAAAGAUUGAAUGCCAUUUGGAUGGAAAAUGUAUCAUUAAAAAAACAGAAAAAUCAUUUGUCCACAGUUAUUCAAAGUCAAACUGAUCAUAUUCGACAAAUGAAAUACUUGGAAGAUAAUCUUAAAUCACAAUUGGAAAACGCUAAUAAAGAAAUAGCAUGUUCUAAACAAGUGGUUGAUGUUCACAAACUCAAAUUAAUUGAAAUGACUCAACAACAAAAAGAAAUGAAAGAAAAAAUAGACAAAGCUUACAAUUCCUAUAUAGAUCUCCAAAAAAGAUAUGACGACUUAACAAAAUCAUAUGAGAGAGAAACAUUUAAAAUUAGGAGAUUAAAUGAAGAAUUAGAAAAUAGUAAAAAAAAGGUGGAGGAAUUAAAUAAUAAUCAAUCAAAUGUUACAGCCGAAAAAUUAUUAUAUAGUUAUGAGAAUGAGAAAGAAUUAUUGCAAGAACUUCAAGUUUUAGGUGAUCAUUGGACACGUCAAGAUGAAGAAAAUACACGAAAAGUAUUUGAAAUUAUUGCACAAGAUGAAAGGUUACAAAUUGCAAGGGAAUCUGAAUCAAAAGCCAGACAAAGAUUGAAUGCCAUUUGGAUGGAAAAUGUAUCAUUAAAAAAACAGAAAAAUCAUUUGUCCACAGUUAUUCAAAGUCAAACUGAUCAUAUUCGACAAAUGAAAUACUUGGAAGAUAAUCUUAAAUCACAAUUGGAAAACGCUAAUAAAGAAAUAGCAUGUUCUAAACAAGUGGUUGAUGUUCACAAACUCAAAUUAAUUGAAAUGACUCAACAACAAAAAGAAAUGAAAGAAAAAAUAGACAAAGCUUACAAUUCCUAUAUAGAUCUCCAAAAAAGAUAUGACGACUUAACAAAAUCAUAUGAGAGAGAAACAUUUAAAAUUAGGAGAUUAAAUGAAGAAUUAGAAAAUAUUAUGAGGUAA